AUGGCUCCAUCUGAGUCGCGAUUGUUGAAGCCCUUUACGUUUACUCCCUGGCCGGUGACCCUUCUGACCUCCAUCGUAUAUGCCGCGCUUGUGGUUCCGUUGCUGGUCAUUCACCAUGUUGUUCCCACCGCACCCAGCACGAGCCCCAAGGGUCUGAAUCUGUCGGAAGCAUGGCAUGAUCUUCAGAUUCUCACGAAUGGAUACCAUCCCUUUAACUCUCAUCGAAAUGAUGAAGUUCACCGUUGGUUGCUGGACCGGGUCAACGGUAUCCUCGCGACAAGCGCCUCCGAAGAUGAGUACCUCUCUGUCGGCGAGGAGAAACCCGACGUGUUUGUCUUCGAUGAUACACUUUCAAAUCUGACCUUUUCUGAUGGAGCGGUCGAUCGUGCAUCUACUGGUGUAUAUUUCGAGAGCACCAACAUCAUUGUUUACAUUCGCGGCUGGGAAGAUGACAAGGAGGCUUGGUGGGAGAUCCCUGACGGAAACCCCACAGGAACUGGCGGAGUUCUUGUCAAUUCUCAUUAUGAUAGCGUGUCAACUGGAUUUGGUGCCACCGAUGAUGGGGUGGGAGUGAUCACUUGCCUGCAGCUCGUCAAGUAUUUCACGACUCCUGGCCAUGCGCCGAGGAGGGGGCUGGUUGUGCUUUUUAACAAUGGAGAGGAGGAUUUCCUUAAUGGGGCUCGUGUGUAUGGUCAGCACCCUAUGUCAAAAUUCGCACAUACUUUUUUGAAUCUGGAGGGUGCUGGUGCCGGCGGUCGAGCUACGUUGUUUCGAAGCACCGAUGCUGAAGUGACGGGCUUCUAUGGCAGGUCGGAACACCCCUUCGGGUCCGUGCUAGCUGCCAAUGGGUUUGAAAUGAUUCGCAGUCAGACGGAUUACAUCGUUUUUAACGGGCAGUUGGGUCUGCGGGGGUUGGACGUUGCAUUCUUUGAACCUAGGGCUAGGUACCAUACAGAUCAGGACGACGCGAGGCAUACCAGCAAGGAUUCUUUGUGGCAUAUGCUGUCGGCGGCAGUUGCAACAGUCGAAGGCCUUGUUUCCGAUUCAAGUAGUCGAUUUUCCGGAGAACCUCGCGAUGAUGGCAAGGUCUCUAGUGGGUCGGGAACUCGGGGAGUCUGGUUUGAUCUUUUUGGAGACUCAUUCGUCGUCUUCCGUCUUCAUACGCUGUUUGCUCUGUCUGUCACUCUUCUCAUAGUGGCACCUCUUACUAUCCUUUUCACAAGCCUUGCGCUUGUCAAGGUGGAUAAGAUGUACCUGUUCAGAUCGUCGGUGAAAUUGGAUACUGACGAGCGAGUCCCGCUGUACGGGCUUCGGGGAUUCUUCAGGUUCCCUUUUCUCUUUGUCAUACCCACAGGUGUCACUAUUUCUCUGGCGUACCUCCUGACGAAGGUCAACCCUUUAAUUGUCCACAGCAGCGAGUAUGCUGUUUGGAGCAUGAUGAUUUCUGCAUGGAUAUUCCUGUCUUGGUUUGUGUCCCGCGUGGCUGACUCCUCUCGUCCAUCGGCCCUGCACAGGGUAUACACGUUUACUUGGAUGUUUGUCCUCAUGUGGAUUCUUCUUGUCAUCGCUACCGUCUACGAAAAUCAGUUGCACCUGGCAGGCGUCUAUUUCAUCUUUUUCUAUUUUCUGGGCAUAUUCCUUGCGACGUGGAUCUCAUACUUGGAGCUGUUUUCUCUGCCGCGGAAAUCUGAGUAUGCGAGCCAAUUCACGUUUAGCUCGAGAAGACCAAGCGCCUUUAGUAGCCGCCCAAGUGCGUCUUCUGGCGGAGAGGAAGAUGAGGAUGAACAAGCCGAGGAAGAGCCCACGGAAUCGACAUCUCUCUUGCGUAAUAGUCAACGGACUACGUUCGCAAACUAUGUACGGGUAGUCGGGGACAAUACAGAUUCCGCGAUAGAAGGAGACUCGAAUGUGUACGGACAUGAGCAACCGUGGAGCUCCGAAAUGCCCCGAUGGACAUGGUUGCUGCAACUUCUUAUCGUCAUACCUUUUCUUCUCACAUUACUCGUACCACUUGGCUUACUGGCCACGAGUGCGCUUCACCAGACCAGUCAGGACGGGAAUCCCGCGCUUCCUAUUUACCUAUGUAUGGCCACUUUCGUGGUUCUUACAUUUUUCCCAGUUUUGCCAUUUAUCCAUCGGUUUACCCAUCACAUCCCGCUCUUUUUGCUCCUUGUCUUCAUUGGCACACUCAUCUAUAAUCUUGUUGCAUUCCCAUUUUCGGCGUCAAAUCGCGUAAAGAUUUACUUUAUGCAGGAAGUCGACCUCGAUACUGGUGUUAAUCGAGCUUCCUUAACGGGCAUACCUCCCUUCGUGAACGACGUUGUUAGGUCCAUCCCCAGCGCCGCUGGACAAGACGUCGCCUGCGACUGGUAUAGAGAGAGAUUGCGAUGCUACUGGGAUGGCCUGGCCCCUCAAGUUGCCGGUCCUUCGAACAGUGAUGACUGGGUGGCCUUCAAUUUCUCGCGGCGGGGAGACAGCCUCCAAGCUCGAUUGGAAGUUUCGGGAAAGAACACGCGGGCGUGUAAAGUAAUCUUCGACUCACCGGUUUCAGACUUCAAUGUCAUCGACUCCGCUCUUGAUCCCCAACGCUUCCCGUACAUCUCUCCUGAGGGCGCCAAGGAAAUCUCCCUGUGGAGUCGUGAGUGGGAGCAUACUUGGGAGAUUGACGUGGAAUGGCCGGAGGGCUCUCUCACCGGUAGAGUUGGCUGUAUAUGGAGCGAUAAUAACCAGGACGGUAUUAUCCCUGCACUGGACGAAGUGAGGAGAUAUAGUCCUGACUGGGUCGCUGUGACGAAGCUUGCGGAUGGAUUGGUUGAGGCGAGUCGGAGAUUUGAAAUUUAG